AUGUUGGUACGGACGAAAUAUCUAAUAAAAUCUCGAAAAGAUGAGUAUCAAAAAUUGCUCAACCAACAGCUGCAACAACUGCAACAGCAACCGCAUGCUGCCAACUUAGAUUAUUCCAAGUUCAAAUCAGCCACAGUGGCAGGGAUGUUUGUUAACCCAUUCGACGAGUACCGACCCCAAACCGCAUUUGAAUUUGUGCUUGUACGAAUCAUGGAACUCUUUGAACUGUUGUAUGGAAAUGCAUUUGAGAAACAUGCAAAACUACCUCAUCCUCAUGACGGUGCUGUUGAAGUGGAAGAUGAGCUUGAAUUAUUUAAGCCGGAUUUGGAAAGGUACAGAGCCAACUCAGCGAUACUACAGCAAUGUGUCAAGAAUAAUCAAUUUCAAGCAUUGUAUCAUCAGAAUAAAGGCGGGUUUUUGCUUAAAUCUAAACCACUGGUAAACCAGCAAUUGCUAUUCACUUGGCUAGGUCAAUCGUGUACAUUAUUUCAAGUGUCAGGAAUCAAUUUCCUAACUGAUCCGAUAUUAAGUGAUCAUUUAAUCACACCAUCAUUCGGACCUAAACGAUUAACUAGAUCGCCAUUAUCAUUUGAGGAUAUCGAGUAUGCCACCAACAACAAUCUUGAUUUUGUCUUGGUUUCUCAUGAUCACCCGGAUCAUUUAGAAAUGGAUCUUGUGGCAAAGAUACGCAAUGAUAGUUGUUGGAUUGUGCCCUUGGGUUUAAAGCAAAAACUAGCUAGAAGGGGAGUUCAUAAAGUGAUUGAAUUAGAUUGGUGGGAUACGUUGGAUAUAACCAAAUACAUCACCCAAGACCCGCAAUUCCCUGAUAAGUAUGAAAUUGAAUGUGUUCCAUCGAUGCAUUGGUCAGGACGGUAUGUCAUUGAUUCAAAUAAAUCAUUAUGGUGUUCGUAUAUUCUAAAACGCAACGGACAAUCUAUAGUUUACCAUGCAGGAGAUACGGGGUACCUGAAGGAACUAUUUGAUAUCAUUGGCAAGAAAAAUGGUCCAGUUACAUUGGCAUUGUUGCCUAUUGGCCAAUAUUGCCCCAGUUGGCAUCAGAAACCACGACAUAUAUCACCAGAAGAAGCAUUGCAAAUAUCACAGCAAAUUUCGGCCACAUUUAUGAAGGGAAUACAUUGGGGUACGUUCAAAUUAAGUGGUGAGCCCAUUUUGGAGCCCAAGAAUUUGUUGACAAAGUUGGCAACGGCUGCUGGAAGGGCCAAUGAUUAUAAGGUACCUCAAUUUGGCUUGACUUAUUUAUUUGAUCUAGAGCAUAAUAAAGAAAUAGAGUUGUUUGUAUAG